AAUACAAGUGAAGUGAAGGAGAUAAAAAUGGCAGUUGCCAACUACCGAAAUUCCAAACCCAGCGGUCAACCUGCGAUGAAUGCUCUCCUCCGAUUCUUCGCCGUCCUGUCGGUGAUCGCUUCUGCUUCUGCUGCUGCUGCUGUUGCUGAUUCUGCCAAGAAAGUUAGCUUCGAGAUAUACUACGAGACCCUCUGCCCUUACUGUUCCAAUCUCAUCGUCAACUAUCUCCCCGAGCUUUUCGAAUCUGAUCUCAUUUCUAUUACGGAUCUGAAGCUCCUUCCUUACGGAAACGCUAAGAUAAGCCCCAAUGGAACCAUCGUUUGCCAGCACGGACCAUAUGAAUGCUUAUUGAACACGGUGGAAGCAUGUGCAAUUCAUACAUGGCCUAAACUGGAGGAUCAUUUUCCAUUUGUAUACUGCGUGGAGAAUCUUGUAUACAACAACAAUUAUACCUACUGGGAGACGUGCUUUAAGAAGUUGGGUUUGGAUGCCUCUCCUGUGAUAAAUUGUUUAAAUAGUGAUCUUGGGAAAAAGCUUGAGUUGCGAUAUGCAGCAGCAACAAAUGCGCUCGAGCCUCCUCACACGUACGUCCCCUGGGCAGUAGUGGACGGAAAACCCAUAUACGAUGACUAUCGAAACUUUGCAAGCUACAUCUGCAAAGCAUAUAAAGGAACUAAUAAACCAUCUGCUUGCACUAAAUCCUCGGUUGGAAGUGUUAGAAAAUUGAAAAUGUACAUGCUUCGAUACUUUGGCGGGGAAGAACCAAUGAAGUCGAAGGUGUUUGGUUCACGACAGAGCAUACUCUCAUGGCUGCAGGGCAUCGCGAUGGAGAUUGCUUGACCAGACCAGAGGUUCGUAUCAAGAACUAUUGCUGCUCUCUUUAAGAAUGGAUAUGAAAAUGUUGUGCUGUAGUUAAGUAAAUUAUGUUCCUGUGUAGUCAUGAAUAUUCAUAUAGACUAUAGACGUGCUGUAGUAUUGUCCAAUUCCAUUGGGGCCUUCUUAAGGUUAAGGAUAGAGAGCUCUAAGGGUAUGGCUUCAAUGAGAUUUAUAUAUAUAUAAAUGUAUGUUUUAUUUAUA